AUGCCCAUCAAGCCUCUCACAUUCAAAGGCGACAAGAAGCCCAAAAAGCGCAAGCACCGUCACGACGAAGACGUCGACGACCCCCAAGUCGCCGUCGCCGGCAAUAAGUACACAGCCGAUCCCUCCGACGAUGACUCCUGGACCACCCCCGACGCCCCCAGCGACCUCUCUGGCCCCGUCCUGCUUGUCCUCCCCACCAGUCCCCCCACCGCUCUCGCUGCCGAUGCGCACGGCAACGUCUUUGCCUCAACGCUUGAGAACAUCGUCGAGGGCGUCGCGGAGACGGCGGAGCCUCAUGACGUAAGACAGGUCUGGGUCGCGAGCUCCAUCGCGGGCAUGGGAAAGGGCGAGAUGAGCUUCAAGGGAAGUCACGGGGGGUAUCUUAGUUGUGACUCUGUGGGGGUGCUGGGCGCGAAGAGGGAGGCCAGAGGCGUCGAGGAGGGAUUCAUCGUGGAAUCUGUAGAGGAUGAUAGCGCUGGAGAUGGGAAGACAAGGUGGAGGCUAAGGACCGCCGCAUCGAAACCGGAACAGGGAGAGAAAGGAAGGCGGUAUCUCUGCGCUCUCACAGAGACGAAACCGACAAACGCAAAAUCAAUCAACAUCUCACUGCGCGGGGAUGGUGAGGCGUCAUCGGACUCGACCUAUCUCAUUUUAAAAAUGCAGGCUCGCUUUAAGCCGCGGAUACAGCAGACCAAAGAGACGAAAGCAAGGGAAAAGGUUAGUCGGAGGGAGCUCGAGCAAGCCGUCGGUCGGAGAUUAGAGGAUGACGAAGUGAAGCGAUUGAAAAGGGCAAAGAAGGAAGGGAAUUUCUACGAGGAGGUCCUGGACGUCAGGGUGAAAGGGAAGCAUGACAAGUUCGCCAGUUGA